UUGCCGCCGACGCGGCCGCCACUCCGGGUUUCUCUGCGCACCUCGAGGAGGAAUCCAGGGCGGAAAAGCUGAGCCGAGGCGCCAGUAUCCUACCCUAGUCCCACCCAGGAUCGCCCGGCAGGCAUGGGCGAGAAGAGCUGGCUGCCCGUCCCCGUGCUCCUUCUGGCCGCUCUGCCGCCGGUGCUGCUGCCCGGGGCGGCAGGCUUCACUCCCUCCUUAGACAGUGACUUCACCUUUACCCUUCCGGCCGGCCAGAAGGAGUGUUUCUACCAGCCCAUGCCCCUGAAGGCCUCGCUGGAGAUCGAGUACCAGGUUUUAGAUGGAGCAGGGUUAGAUAUUGAUUUUCAUCUUGCCUCUCCAGAAGGCAAAACCUUAGUUUUUGAACAAAGAAAAUCAGAUGGUGUUCACACUGUAGAGACUGAAGAUGGCGACUACAUGUUCUGCUUUGACAAUACAUUUAGCACUAUUUCUGAGAAGGUGAUUUUCUUUGAAUUAAUCCUUGAUAAUAUGGGAGAGCAGGCACAAGAACAAGAAGAUUGGAAGAAAUAUAUUACCGGCACAGAUAUGCUAGACAUGAAACUGGAGGAUAUCCUGGAAUCAAUUAACAGCAUCAAGUCCAGACUAAGCAAAAGUGGCCACAUCCAAACUCUGCUGAGAGCAUUUGAAGCUCGUGAUCGAAACAUACAAGAAAGCAACUUUGAUAGAGUCAAUUUCUGGUCUAUGGUUAAUUUGGUGGUGAUGGUGGUGGUGUCAGCCAUUCAGGUUUAUAUGCUGAAGAGUCUAUUUGAUGAUAAGAGGAAAAGUAGAACUUAAAACUCCAAGCAAGAGUUUGGAAAAAAGAGGAUGGAAAAAUGCAAUAAACUGUUACAGUCAAGACCAUUGUCUUCCAAAAUGCUUUCAAGCAUUGUCAUUCAGUGUGAAACAAGUAUAAUUUUAAUGUGAAAGGGAAAUCUUCAUUUUCUGUGUAAGUAAUCUUAUCCAUCCACUUGUACUUAGGUAUAAUGAGAGUAUUUUGUCAAAUAUAGAAUUAAUUGAAUGAAGCCAUAGUAUUAACUGCAUUUUCCUAAGUUUGAAAAAAUUUGCUAAGGUCAUUUAAAUAACAUUGGGCCUAAAUGCAACCCCAGACAAUCUGCUUUUAAAGAGUUCUCUUGGGGCAGGCUUUGGUGUGGCAGUUAAAGAUACCUCCUUGGACACCUGCAUCCACCUAAGUGGGAGACCCGGAUUGAGGACCUGGCUCCUAGUUUAAGCUUCAGCUAUCACAGGCAUUUGGUGAAUGAAUUAGCAAAUGGAAGAGCUCUAUCACUCUUUCAAAUAAUUAUAGAACUUUUGAUUAUAUUGUUUAAAUCAUCUGAGAAUUACCCAAUUAUUGAUAAAGUAUAUUAGUUUUUUUUCUGUUUACAUAUGAAUCCUAUUAAUAAAAACAGUAUUUUUGAGAUUUUUAUAACCACUGAUAUAUUUCAAUGUGAAAUAUUGGUAAAAAGUGUAUUUAGCCUACAUUCCCCAAAGCUGACAUUUUGAUAUUUCUUUAAAAUGUAGUCACUUUCUUCAUUAAAAUCAGGACAAGUCUUCUCUUUGAAGAAAUUAUCAGAAUGAAAGAAAUGUAGGUAAGCUUGAGCAUACCUGGUUGAAAAUAAAAUCAACUUAAAUAGAACUAUUUUUCAAAAAUCUAGAAUCCAUCUCAUUCUUAAUCCUAAUAUGAAUCAUAGGAGGUUAAUUUCUUCCAUUAAGUGGAAGAAACUAUCUGGCUAUGGGUUUUGGUUUCUACAGUUACUCUGUUUUGAAUGUUUGAAUGUAUUCAGGUACUUUUUAUGAAAUGUAAACCCUACUGAAAGAUUUAGCACUGAGUGUAUAUAUGCAUUAUAAUUUUUAUUAUAAAUUUCACAAAGUGGCCUUUAUUUUUUACUUUCUUUUAUUGACAUUGAAGUAACAGUCCCAGGUUACAAGCACCCAAUAUGUGAGUAACCCAUAUACACUAAGUCUCUGCCACACUAGUUUAUUGCAGUCUGUGGAGUCUUACUCAAUUUAAUUUCAUUAUGAAUAAAAUAAUUUUUAAGGUAUACCGUUUUUAAUAUUGCUUAUAACAAGCAUAUUGUGAAUUAGAAACAAUCAACCUAAAAUUGGUGUGUAGAAUCCAUCUAUACUACUGCCGGAAUUCUUGAUUAGCAAUAAUGUUAACCAGAGAGUGCGAGAUUGAUUUCAUUUACAGUUUACACUGAGUGGUGAAGAAGUUUCCCGCCUUCUUAGGUCCUUGGCAGAAGAGCUUAGAUUUCCCUACUCAGAGACCUUUUUAGAAUGAGGUAAACUACAUUUUUGAUCAGUUACCUUAAUUGGCUACGAAUAUGUUUCAAGUGUCUGAUAGUGAAAACCCCAUAACAGAACAAGAGCCAGUAACAUGACUGUGAAGAGCCUUCCAUUUUCCUCUUCUGUGAAAUUCACAAGAAGCAAACUUACAGUACCCUAAGUAAUGAAGCAGAGUACAGAAAUAAACUGCAUCUUUUCUAUAAAACUGUGAUCAAGAAUUCUACCUCUUUAUAUGGCUGUUAACUAUAUUCUGAUUCCUUACUUAAUACUGAAUUUGUUGCAUCAUCUCCUACAUGGAAUUUGUGCCACUGAUUUGAAGCCUAUGAUUCAAUAAUUUCUUACCCGAUUUUAAAAAAUGACUACUUGGAAAAUAAAUUUAGGAAUAUUGUCAAUUUUAUUUUUAUAAACACGAAGUGGGAUAUUUCAGCAUGUUACUUUUAACAAAA